GCCAGAUGCCACUUGGCAAGGAUCUCUCCGUUGUUGUGUCUGCUUGGAAAAGUUUCUUUUUGGGAAUUUGGCAGGCUGGGUAGUUCUCAGCCAUAUAGUUCAAAAAGUUACUGAUUCUCCAAGCUCUGACUGGGAAGCAUUAUUAAUUGGUGAUUCCCUAUUUGAAUGCAGCAGUCUAAAGACAAAUGAAACAACACUUCUAGAGGAAAGACAGAGAGACAGAGUCUGACUGGGAAAACUCUAAGCUGCUCUCCUGGCCCUAUUGAAGCCUUUCGUGUCUCACUUCCCCAUCUGGCUUGCUUAGCUUGGCGACAGGUUUGGAGAGAGCGACACAAUGGCUGGCGAAUACAAGCUCUUGCUUGAAAGUGCCAAAGAGCUAGUGCUGGUCUGCACCCAAGGUGAGAAAUACCUCCUGGAGGCUGGUAUGCAACAUCUGGAGAUCCUGGAAAAUGCCAGUGUGGUGAUUGGCAAAGAUGGCUGUAUAAAGGCAGCUGGUGAUGCAAAGACCAUUCGCAAGCAAUUUUCAGGAGCAUCUUUUGAAAAAACAAUUGACUGUUCAGGAAAGUGCAUUUUACCAGGUCUGGUCGAUGCACACACACACCCUGUAUGGGCUGGUGACAGGGUUCAUGAGUUUUCGAUGAAGUUGGCAGGAGCUUCCUAUAUGGAUAUUCAUCAAGUUGGAGGGGGAAUACAUUUCACCGUGAAGCAUACUCAGGAAGCCCCCGAAGAUGAGCUCUUCCAGAGUUUCAAACAGCGACUGCUGCGGAUGAUGAGAGCUGGCACUACUUUGGUCGAAUGCAAAAGUGGAUAUGGCCUAAUCCUUGAGACUGAGAUCAAGAUGCUUCGAGUGAUUGAGCGAGCCAGGAGGGAACUGGACAUUGGUAUUUCGUCCACUUACUGUGGUGCCCACUCAGUUCCCAAGGGUAAAACUGCCACUGAAGUGGCUGAUGACAUUAUCAACUUCCACCUCCCUAAACUGAAGGAGCUUGAACUUAAUGGAGGAAUACAUGUUGACAAUAUCGAUGUUUUCUGCGAAAAGGGUGUCUUUGAUCUGAAUUCCACUAGAAAAAUUCUGCAGGCUGGGAAAGAUAUGGGAUUACAGAUUAACUUCCAUGGAGAUGAAUUGCAUCCAAUGAAGAGCGCUGAGCUUGGAGCUGAACUGGGAGCUCAAGCUGUAAGCCACUUAGAAGAAAUCAGCAAUGAAGGUAUUACUGCAAUGGCCAGGGCAAAAUGUGCAGCUGUCCUGUUACCAACCACUGCCUAUAUUCUGAGAUUAAAACAACCUCAAGCUAGAAAAAUGUUAGAAGAAGGAGUGAUUGUUGCUCUUGGCAGUGAUUUUAACCCCAAUGCUUAUUGUUGUUCCAUGCCCAUGGUGAUGCAUUUGGCCUGUGUAAACAUGAAGAUGUCAAUGAAAGAAGCUUUAGCAGCUGCCACUAUCAAUGCAGCUUAUGCUCUUGGAAAAUCACACUCGCAUGGCUCCAUAGAAAUUGGCAAACAAGGAGAUCUCCUCAUCAUAAACUCACCCAAAUGGGAACAUUUGAUCUACCAGUUUGGUGGCCAUCAAGAGGUGGUUGAAUAUGUCAUUGUAAAAGGAAAUGUUGUCUAUAAAAAUGACAGCAUUUUGGACUUCUAAAUACUUCUCGCAAUAUCCAGUACAACAGUUGCCAGAAGCUCUAAUGGACACAUAGGCAAAUUACCCUGAAUCUCAUGUCUAUAUGAAAGCUGUAUGCAAUAUAUGUGCUUGCUAUAAAGUUCUAGACCAGUGGUUCUCAAGCUUCCUAAUACAGUUCCUCAUGUUGUGGUGACCCCCAACAUAACAUUAUUUUUGUUGCUACUUGAUAACUGUAAUUUUGCUACUGCUAUGAAUCAUAAUGUAAAUAUCGGAUACACAGGAUGCAUUUUCAUUCACUGGACCAAAUUUGGCACAAAUCCCCAAUGUGCCUAAAUUUGAAUACUGGUGGGAUUGGGAGGGGGGAACUGAUUUUUUUCACUUGGGAAUUGUAGGUGCUGGGAUUUAUUGUUCACCUACAAAGAGCAUUCUGAAAUCCACCAGUGAUGGAAUUGAACCAAAUUUAGCACACAGAUCUCCCAUAACCAACAGAAAAUACUGGAAGGACUUGGUGGCAUUGACCUUGUGUUUUGGAGUUGUAGUUCACCUACAUCCAGAGAGCACUGUGGACUCAAACAAUGAUAGAUCUGGACCAAACUUGGCACGAAUACUCAAUAUGCCCAAAUGUGAACAUUGGGGGAAAGACCUUGACCUUUGGGAGUUGUAGUUGCUGGGAUUUAUAGUCAAUCUACAAUCAAAGAGCAUUCUGAAUACCAACUAUAGAAUUAGACCAAACUUCCUACACAAACCUACAUCCAGAGAGCACUGUGGACUCAAACAAUGAUAGAUCUGGACCAAACUUGGCACAAAUACUCAAUAUGCCCAAAUGUGAACAUGGGCGGAGUUUGGGGAAAAUAGACCUUGACAUUUGGGACUUGUAGUUGCUGGGAUUUAUAGUUCACCUACAAUCAAAGAGCAUUCUGAACCCCACCAACAGUAGAAUUGGGCCAAAGUUCUCACACAGAACCCCUGUGACCAAUAGAAAAAACUGUUUUCUGAUAGUCUUCGGCAACCCCUCUGACACCUCCUUGCGACCCCACCCCCAGGGGUUCUUAUCCCCAGGUUGAGUAAUUCUGUUCUAGGCUUUUCCUGACUUUGAGCUUGCUUUUUCUUGUACAUAUUCUUGCAUGUGAAAUGCUUUUAAUAAUCUUCCUGACACUUUCGGGGAAAGCUGUGAAAUCAACAUUUAUAUGUAUGUUUCAAAUUAUGCUAUAAGUGGCUUUGAAUCCUAUUCAGGAGAAAAGCAGGGGAAUAAAUAAAUAAAUAAAUAAAUAA